GUUUCAUUCAUUCUCAUAGUCCAUAGGAGAUGCUGCAGUAUCUUUGCUUGCAGUGGAGUAGGCAGAGCCUGAAAGUUGAUGACUCGUAUAGUGAAGAUCACAAGACUUCGUGAAGCUUUAUAACAAGGGCAACAACAUGAUGCACAAAGCAGGACAUGGAUUUACUCGAGAUGAAGUUGAUGAUAAGAAGCUAAGCAGCCAUAAAGUCAGCCAUGGAUCCAAGUUGGUGAGUGGACAAAUGGACCAUGGAAUGGAAGAUUAUAUCGUGGCAGAAACUAGAAAAAUAAAUGGCUUUGAAUUGGGUUUAUUUGCAAUUUUUGACGGCCAUUCUGGUAAAAAAGUUGCAGAAUACUUGCAAGCUCAUUUAUUUGACAACAUACUAAGACAGCAUGACUUUUGGACCGAUCCGGAAGAAGCAAUUAAGAGAGCUUACAAAGCUACAGAUGAUGAGAUGUUGGGAACGGUGGCUGGUUCGAGAGGCGGAUCUACUGCUGUUACAGCAAUACUUAUCAGUGGGGAGAAGCUAAUUGUAGCCAAUAUUGGUGACUCCCGCGCAAUUUUAUGCAGAGAUGGUGUGGCGAACCAGUUAACUGUAGAUCACGAACCUCAGAAGGAGAAGGAUCUUGUUGAAAGCAGAGGUGGUUAUGUUAUUAAGCUGCCAGGAAAUGUUCCACGGGUGGAUGCACAACUAGCAAUGUCGCGGGCAUUUGGGGAUGGUGACCUAAAGGAGCACAUUUUUUUAAAAUAUUUAUUUAAUAAAGUACAAAUGGAUAUCAACAUCAAGAAGAUCGACACUGAAGUAGAGUUCAUUAUAUAGGGAAGUGAUGGUUUGUGGAAGGUGGUGUCAAACCAUGAUGCUUAUGAUUGCAUUAGAGGUACAAUUGAUGCUGAAGAAGCAGCAGAGAAGUUGAUUCAAAAGGCAUUAUCCAGGAAAAGCUAUGACGAUAUCUCUUGCAUAGUUGUUGUCUUCUACUAG